AUGGCAUUUUACAAGCACUCCGGUCCUUGUGGCACGCGGCGUCAACAUCCUACUGUGGAGAUAUACGAACCACUGCGAUGCCAUACAUCCGGUUCUGAUGGCCCCAUCGCCCCCUCACCCCCCAGGUCGUACGUCGCCAACAUCGAGGAAGUCGACCAGAUGCACAAGACCACCUCGUACGUGAGCGAAUUCUACGACCCGAGCCGCCAGGUCAUGGGCGUCUUGCGUAUCAACCGCGAAAUAUCUCAACACGCCAUCUUCUUCUACGAGGUGGAUACGGCUGUUAUUAUACAGUACAGGCCGGGCGUCGCUGACGGCCGGCCGCACUUGUCCUGCGUCGUGGCCGAGAUCGAGGACGCGGCUCCCUGGCUGGUCGGCUACGACAAGAACGGCACCUACGGCUUCAUGCUGUCGCCCUCGCAGGCUCUCUUCUUCGGCGGAGACUACAAGUACACCUACGUGGACAGCGACCCGGUGCGAGAGAUCCCCUGCAACAGAUGGGACUCGUGCAUCGAGACAUACGGCAACGGGACCAUGAGCGUGCAAUACCACUGGACAGACCAGAACCUCGUGGCCGACGCGACAGGCUACAGCCGCGAACGACCUGUCAUGGCCCAUACAUCAGGCUACUACUACCCCCCCCGAGGAAGGCAAAUCCAGGUCGAUGUCGAUACGAUGUACAAUUUCGGCUUUUUCGACGAUAACCCUGACUGGGGGAUUUAUCAGUGGUCGGUGCAGAUCCCGAGCUUCGUGUACUGCCCCGGCCUCCCGACGGGGAAGUCCGCGCCCACGAAGCUCGCAGACACCUACUCCAUGAGGGUAGAGGUCACGGCGCAAACGUCGCUCACGAAACAGAUGGAGUUUAUGUCCACGGCGAAGAACUGCAUAAUUAAGGUGUAA